GGUUUGGCGGCUGGCGCUGUGGAAGGAGGCGGAGGCAGUGGCGACCGCGCCGGGAGGGGGAGUCCCGUCUGACUGAGACGGCAGGGCGGAGCGCCGGGGCCAGGGGAUGAGCUAAGCGGGCUGCUAGCGCCGCGGCAUUCAGCCCCCUCGUGUCCCGCCCGCCGCGCGUGAAGGCAUCGGACCCCGCGCUUCGGGCUCUCCCCGGCGCUCGCGCGGGGGUCAGCGGGGAGGUUAAAUGAUAAAGACUUAUUCCUUGGCUGGUUUUCUACUCCCACCUUGAGGAAGGAACAGGGUAGGAAGCCACUGAGAAAUCACACUGGCCUAGUACAAGGAAGGAGGACAGUCAUUCCCUUUAAAAGGAAGCAGUCUUGGUAACACAUGCUUAGCUACUUUGACCUAAUGGAGUGAGAUAAGAAAUAAAAAGCAUCUGGAUUGGCCAGAGAUUGAAAGGGAGAAAAACAAGGCAAUCUCCCAUUAGUCGAUGAAUGGAUGUAAGUUUAGUAAUGGAAGAUGAUUGAAGACAAGGGGCCUCGUGUUGCUGACUACUUCGUUGUAGCAGGCUUAACUGAUGUUUCAAAGCCUCUUGAAGAGGAAAUUCACUUCAAUGAUGCCUGUCACAAAGUGGCUAAACCAAAAGAACCCAUCACAGAUGUUUCUGUUAUCAUCAAAUCCCUUGGGGAGGAGGUGCCACGGGAUUACACAUGUAUUGACAUUACCCCAACUGGAUUGUCAGCAGAUCUCAAUAACGGAAGUCUUGUAGGACCCCAGAUUUACCUUUGCUAUAAAAGAGGGAGAGAUAAACCUCCACUUACAGAUCUGGGGGUAUUAUAUGACUGGAAAGAAAGACUAAAACAGGGUUGUGAGAUUAUUCAGAGUACUCCCUAUGGACGGCCUGCCAAUAUUAGUGGCAGUACCUCAUCACAAAGAAUCUAUAUCACUUACCGAAGAGCCUCUGAAAACAUGACUCAGAACACCCUGGCUGUCACAGACAUAUGCAUUAUUAUACCCAGUAAAGGAGAAAGUCCACCACACACAUUCUGCAAGGUCGACAAGAAUCUCAACAAUAGUAUGUGGGGAUCUGCAGUAUACUUGUGCUAUAAAAAAUCAGUGGCAAAGACUAACACUAUAUCCUACAAAGCAGGUCUAAUUUGCAGAUAUCCUCAAGAAGAUUAUGAGUCAUUUUCACUACCAGAAUCUGUUCCCCUGUUUUGUUUACCAAUGGGUGCAACUAUUGAAUGCUGGCCACCAAAUAGCAAAUACCCUCUUCCUGUGUUCUCUACAUUUGUGUUGACUGGAGCCUCAGCUGAAAAGGUCUAUGGUGCUGCUAUUCAGUUUUAUGAACUAUACUCUGAGGAGAAUCUUACAGAGAAACAGAGACUUCUUUUGGGUUUAACGUCUCUGGCGGAUGGAAAGUCUGAUGGUUCUAGAACAAUUCACACUAACAAAUGCAUUUGCCUUCUUUCUCACUGGCCUUUUUUUGAUGCAUUCAGAAAGUUUCUGACUUUUCUCUAUCGUUAUUCCAUCUCUGGACCUCAUGCCCUUCCAAUUGAAAAGCAUAUUUCUCAUUUUAUGCAUAAAGUUCCUUUUCCGUCUCCUCAGAGGCCACGGAUUUUAGUUCAGUUAUCACCACAUGAUAAUUUGAUUCUCAGUCAGCCUGUUUCUUCACCACUUCCACUAAGUGGUGGAAAGUUUUCAACACUACUUCAGAAUCUUGGCCCUGAAAAUGCUGUGACACUACUGGUGUUUGCUGUAACAGAACAUAAAAUUCUCAUCCAUUCCCUGCGGCCUUCUGUGCUUACUAGUGUGACAGAGGCAUUAGUGUCUAUGAUUUUCCCUUUCCACUGGCCAUGCCCAUAUGUUCCUCUCUGCCCACUGGCUUUAGCAGAUGUCCUCAGUGCACCAUGUCCAUUCAUAGUAGGGAUUGAUUCAAGAUACUUUGAUCUUUAUGACCCUCCACCAGAUGUCAGUUGUGUUGACCUAGAUACCAACACCAUUUCUCAAACUGGUGACAAAAAGAGUGUGGCCUGGAAGAUUCUUCCAAAGAAGCCAUGUAAAAACCUGAUGAAUACACUGAAUAAUUUGCACCAGCAAUUGGCAAAAUUGCAGCAGAGGCCAAGAGAUGAUGGACUAAUGGACUUAGCAAUGAAUGAUUACGAUUUUAAUUCUGGGAAAAGGCUGCACAUGAUAGAUUUGGAAAUCCAGGAGGCAUUCUUGUUUUUCAUGGCCUCUAUUUUAAAAGGUUAUAGAUCAUACUUAAGGCCAAUAACACAAGCCCCAUCUGAGACAGCAACAGAUGCAGCCUCUCUUUUUGCUCUUCAAGCUUUCUUAAGAAGCCGGGACCGAUCACAUCAAAAAUUCUAUAACAUGAUGACCAAAACACAAAUGUUUAUUCGCUUCAUUGAGGAAUGUUCUUUUGUCAGCGAUAAAGAUGCAAGCCUGGCUUUUUUUGAUGAUUGUGUAGAUAAAGUGGAUAUGGACAAGAGUGGUGAAGUUCGGCUUAUAGAACUGGACUCUUCUUUCAAAAGUGAACACACUGUCUUCGUGACACCACCCGAGAUCCCCCAUCUCCCCAAUGGUGAAGAGCCCCCAUUACAGUACAGCUAUAAUGGAUUUCCAGUUCUCAGAAACAAUUUAUUUGAGAGGCCUGAAGGAUUUCUACAUGCAAGAAAGAACAAGCUGCCUUCAAAACCCAGCAGUCCUAGUAGCCCUUCUCCCAUGUUCAGAAGAACAAAGCAGGAAAUCAAAUCAGCACAUAAGAUUGCGAAGAGGUAUUCUUCUAUCCCUCAGAUGUGGUCUAGGUGUCUGCUGCGUCACUGUUACGGAUUGUGGUUUAUUUGUCUCCCAGCUUAUGUGAAGGUUUGUCAUUCCAAAGUCAGGGCUCUGAAAACAGCAUAUGAUGUGCUUAAAAAAAUGCAACUGAAGAAGAUGGAUCCACCUGAUGAGGUGUGCUACCGAAUUCUCAUGCAGCUCUGUGGACAGUAUGACCAGCCCGUGCUUGCAGUUCGAGUGCUUUUUGAAAUGCAGAAAGCUGGUAUUGACCCCAAUGCAAUCACUUAUGGGUAUUACAAUAAGGCUGUUUUGGAAAGUACAUGGCCUUCAAGAAGUCGCAGUGGCUAUUUUCUUUGGACAAAAGUAAGAAAUGUUGUUUUAGGAGUCGCACAGUUCAAAAGAGCUUUGAAGAAACAUCCACACUUACCACAGAGAGCUCUCUCGGGUGGUCGGUCUGAUCUUGGAUAUAAUUCAUUAUCUAAGGACGAUGUUAGAAGAGAAGGUACAUCUACUGAAGACAUUCAAGAGGAAAAAGACAAAAAAGGGAGUGAUUCUAGUUCCUUGUCAGAGAAUGAGAGUACAAAAGGAAGUGCUGAUUGCCUUCCUACUCUCAGUUACCAAAGUUCUUCAACCAUAGUUCGCCUCAGUGGUGCAGAUAACAACAGUGCUGAUAAAAUAGCUGGAGAAUCUGAGGAAAGCACACCUGAGCUGCUCUCACUGCCGUCUCCUGAGAAGACAAAUGAAACACAGACAAUGCAAAGCAGAUGCUUCAGGAGGAGACAUAAAAGUGACGACGAGUCUCAUUUGCAGCAGCAAACAGCCUGGGGAAGUAGGAACCGUAAUCUUAGUGGUGGGGUUCUGAUGGGAUUUAUGCUGAAUAGAAUUAAUCCGGGAACAAACCCUGGAGAUAUGGUUGAAAAAUUAGGAGCUGAUGCAAAAAUUCUUUCAAAUGUUAUCUCAAAAAGCACAAGACCAAAUAGUCUUGAUAUUGGAAAACCACCUGUAAAAUCAAAAAGAGACAGCCUAGAAAAGGAAUCCAGUGAUGAUGACAUGCCUUUUGAUGGUUCUAACUGCUUGGAUAAAGUGGAUUCUCGUAUUUUUGACUUAGAAGAUUUAGACACUGAAACAGAUGGAUCGAAAGUGGGAUGUGUCGCUACACAAAAUCCCAAGAGGCUCCAGCGUAUGAACAGCAGCUUUUCAGUAAAACCUCCUGAAAAAACAGAUGUUGUAACAGGAUUUGACCCCCUAUCCUCUCUCUUGGUUGCUGAGACUGAACAGCAGCAGAAGGUGGAAGAAGAAGAGGAUGAAGAUGAUAGCAGCAUUUCAACACCAUCUGCUAGGCGCAAUUUAGCUGAAGAAAUUGAGAUGUAUAUGAAUAACAUGAGCAGUCCUUUGACAAGCCGAACACCAAGCAUUGAUUUACAACGAGCAUGUGAUUGAUAAGUAGCUAAUAAGAAAAGUCCAUUGGUCAAGGCCUGCAGAAGAUCAAGCCUCCCUCCAAAUUCUCCUAGGCCAGUGAGACUUACCAAAUCUAAGAGUUACACCAGAAGUGAGGAGAGACCAAGGGAUAGACUGUGGUCUUCACCAGCCUUCUCACCCACUUGUCCAUUAGGGAAGGAUCUCAAAACUCUAGCUCAUUCAUCACCUUCAUUAACUUAGAUACACUGCUGGUACCCUAAACUAGAUGUUCUAAGGCACAGUGUGUUCUCUGCGGGGAAAGGAGUUGCAGAGAGAGCAAGCAAAUGGUACUCAAGGUUCACCACGUAUACCACAUCAUCAAAGGAUCAAAGUUCUGAUCGUACCAGUCUUUCUUCAGUGGGAGCCCAAGAUUCUGAAUCUACCUCUUUGACAGAUGAAGAUGUCUGCCAUGAGUUGGAAGGAGCCACUUCUUCCCAAGAAAGCAGUGCCACUUCAGGGCCCAAGGGAAUAGAUGCCAGCCGCACAAGCCUGGGAAGCUCCGCCUCCUUAGAAGGAUCCCUAUCAAAGUUUGCCUUACCUGGAAAGUCAGAAACUGCAUCUUCCCUCAACACCAGUAAUACAAAUAUCUUCCAGAACUAUGCAAUGGAGGUUCUCAUCUCAAGUUGUUCUCGGUGUAGAACUUGUGAUUGUCUUGUCCAUGAUGAGGAAAUCAUGGCUGGCUGGACAGCAGAUGACUCCAAUCUCAAUACUACAUGCCCAUUUUGUGGCAAUCUUUUCUUACCCUUUCUGAAUGUUGAAAUAAGAGAUUUAAGACGACCUGGAAGAUAUUUCUUGAAGUCCAGCUCAUCUACAGAAACCAUGCCCUUUGCAUCCUCCUUCUCAAAUCAGACAAGGCAGCCUUGCAUUUCAGCAUCAGCCUCUGGUCUCAACACAUCUGCUCUCUCUGUUCAAGGGAAUUUUGAUCUAAAUAACAAAUCUAAACUGCAGGAAAAUCCCUGUGCUCGAAGUAUUCAGAUCCCUGCUCACAGAUCAAAAACGGUUGUGUCGAAAUGCCCACUAUUUCCAAUGGCCAGAAGCAUUAGUACUUGUGGCCCCUUGGAUAAGGACGAUCCUGGAGGACAGAAGCUCAUCCCUACAGGCAGCCUGCCAGCAACUUUACAAGGAGCUACAGAUUCCUUAGGGUUAGAAUGGCACCUUCCAAGUCCAGACCCUGUCACUGUCCCAUACCUUAGUCCCUUAGUGGUGUGGAAGGAACUUGAGAGCUUAUUGGAAAAUGAAGGUGACCAUGCAAUAACAGUGGCAGACUUUGUGGACCAUCAUCCAAUUGUCUUUUGGAACUUGGUGUGGUAUUUUAGACGUCUCGACUUGCCUAGUAACUUGCCUGGAUUGAUUCUUUCUUCUGAGCAUUGUAACAAGUAUUCGAAGAUUCCCCGCCACUGUAUGUCUGAAGAUAGUAAAUAUGUUUUAAUACAGAUGUUAUGGGACAACAUGAAAUUACAUCAGGAUCCAGGGCAACCCCUGUACAUCCUCUGGAAUGCCCACAGUCAGAACCGCACUCUUUUGUUUGAGACUCAAAAGUAUCCAAUGGUUCAUUUAUUACAAAAAAGUGAUAACUCAUUUAACCCAGGAACUGUUGAAAAGCAUGGUGAAAAGCAUAUAAAAUGAAUGAUGUCUAUGGACCCAAUGAGUCAGAUUUUAGAGACUCUGAAUAAGUGUCCGCAUUUUAAAAGACCAGCGGUAAGUCUUUACCUCAGAUGGAAGGGGCAUUUCUAUAACCAACAUGCAUCCUGUUUGUUCUGUCGUCCUUAUACUUG